GAGCAAUGAACAUCCUUUUCUGAAUAGGGGUGAAGAAGACAUUUCAGUGUGAACUAUGCAGUUACACUUGCCCCCGGCGUUCGAACCUGGACCGUCACAUGAAAAGCCACACGGACGAGAGGCCACACAAGUGCCACCUUUGUGGCAGAGCCUUCCGGACAGUCACACUGCUGAGAAAUCACCUCAAUACUCACACAGGUACUCGUCCUCACAAGUGCCCUGACUGUGACAUGGCCUUUGUGACAAGCGGAGAGUUGGUUCGACAUCGUCGCUACAAACACACCCAUGAGAAGCCAUUCAAGUGUUCCAUGUGUGACUACGCCAGCGUGGAGGUUAGCAAGUUGAAACGCCACAUUCGUUCUCACACUGGGGAACGCCCAUUCCAAUGCAGCCUGUGCAGCUACGCCAGCAGAGACACUUACAAGCUGAAGAGGCACAUGAGGACCCAUUCUGGUGAGAAACCCUACGAGUGUUACAUAUGCCAUGCUCGCUUCACCCAGAGUGGGACCAUGAAGAUGCACAUCCUGCAGAAGCACACGGAAAAUGUGGCUAAGUUCCACUGCCCCCACUGUGACACAGUGAUUGCACGAAAGAGCGACUUAGGUGUCCAUUUGCGGAAGCAGCAUUCCUACAUUGAGCAGGGCAAGAAGUGCCGUUACUGUGACGCCGUGUUCCACGAGCGAUACGCGCUCAUCCAGCACCAGAAGUCUCACAAAAAUGAGAAGCGCUUCAAAUGCGACCAGUGCGACUAUGCGUGCCGACAGGAACGGCACAUGAUCAUGCACAAGCGAACCCACACUGGAGAAAAGCCUUACGCCUGCAGCCAUUGCGACAAAACCUUCCGCCAGAAGCAGCUGCUUGACAUGCACUUCAAGCGCUACCAUGAUCCCAACUUUGUCCCAGCUGCCUUCGUCUGCUCUAAGUGUGGCAAAACAUUCACACGCCGUAACACAAUGGCCAGACAUGCAGAUAAUUGCUUAGGGCCUGAUGGGGUUGAAGGAGAGAACGGAGGGGAGCCCAAGAAGGGAAAACGUGGGCGGAAGAGAAAGAUGCGCUCCAAGAAAGAGGAUUCUUCUGACAGUGAGGAAAAUGCUGAACCAGAAUUGGAUGAGAAUGAAGAGGAAGAAGAAACAGCGGUUGAAGUUGAGGCUGAGCCAGAAGUAGAACCUGUGGCCCCAACUCCUCCACCAGCCAAGAAACGGAGAGGACGUCCACCAGGCAAAGCCAACCAACCCAAACAGCCCCAGCGUAAGUUUGCCAUUUUUCUACAGAUGACUGCAGGGCCCAGUCUUAUAAAUAAAGAGGAAAGUUAAGUCAGGUGAGAUGAGGAGCUUGAAGAGGAGGUAUCUUCAGUAAAACUGGAGGUCUCUGGUGCUGUUUUUGGACCAGAUAAUACAAGCUACAUCUGCAUAAGGCCAGCUCAGGUUGAAUAUGGGACCUGCGUAAUCCCUACUUUUAGUAAGAAGU